AGUUCAGAUGGGGACAAUUUUUAAUUGGCACAAACUUCUCUUGCGUAAAGCCGUAGACUAGCAUGUAGUACCUAAUUUUCCAAAAAAGGCCAUCUGUUUACUUGGAUCCGGAUGCGGGUCUUCCUUACCCGUACCAGGAACCCACUUUCCAACUCCUAAAACCCGCAAAAAAAAAAAAUCCCAUUUCAAGAAAACCUCUGCAAAUGACGGCGGAAGCAACAAUGAAGCAACAAGCCAGGAGACUCCUGAGUUGUCUCCGAUUCGCCAACUCGCUCCACUCAACUCACCUGCUGAGAACUCGCUCUCUCCACACUCAGAUCCCAGCUUCAAAAGAUGGUAGAAGACAGACAGUCAGAAAGAGUGCUUUUCUCAGAGUUACAGAGAGAAGACAAUGCAAAUUCUCCCUUUUCCCAGUCGGAAACUGCUGGGAAAAGUUGGUUCAGGCCAUGUUCUUCAGGAUGUAGAUUAAAGCUGCAAUCGUGUGCUAUACGUAAUGAUAUGGAGGAGUUUGGGUUGUUGUUGAAAACGUUAGAAAAAGGGGAAAUUAUAUCGAUGAGGAGGCGUUUUUAGUUAUAGAAUCGAAACUUAUUAAGUUGGAUAGGGUUGAUGAUGCUAAGGAGUUGAAGCUUUUUUUUUAUCAAAAAUUGAUUCUUGAAAUUGCUAUUAAGAGAGCUGUGAAUUUGGUGGCCGAGAACUCGGACUGGGGCGGUGAAUUGGAGAGAAAAUUGGGAGAGAAUGGUAUAUCAGUGCAGGAGAAUUUUGUUUUGGGGGUGUUGGAGGGGCUUGGUAAAAAAGGUUUGCCUUUGAAAGCUUUGGGUUUUUUCAAAUGGGUUCGGGGGAGUUUGGGGUUUGAGCAUAAUAAUUUUACUUAUAAUUGGAUUCUUAGGUUUCUUUGCAGGGAAGAGGCGAUUUCGGAGUUUUGGAGUAUGUUCAAGGAGAUGAAAGAUGCUGGUUAUGUAAUUGAUACUGAUACUUAUAUUCAAGUGAUGAGGGAGUUUCGGACGAGGAAGAUGGUGAAGGACGCUGUUGAGCUUUUUGAGCAUAGGAUGAAUAGUCCAUUUCAGUAUUUGCCCAACGACUGUAGUUUGCUUUUGCGUGCCAUUGCAUCGACUGUUGAUCCUGACUUGGAUCUGAUGUCUAGAGUUGUGAAGAAAUACGAAGCUGCUGGGUAUUCUUUAUUGAAGAGGGACUAUGAGGGGAUCCACAGGUGCUUGUUGAGUGCUGGAAAGUUUGAUGAAGCAGAGCAGAUCGUACGGACCAUGAACAGAGCUGGUUAUGAACCAUCUAGUAUCAUCCACAAACAAUUGAUUUUUGGACUUUGUAAAGCAAGAAGGCUAAAAGAAGCCAUUGAAUUACUAGAUGAGAUGGAAGCUCAGGGAUGUGUUCCUGAUGUUGAGACUGGGAUGAUCGAACUACUGAGCUGUUGUUGUGAUAUCGAUGGAGUUGACAAGGCAUUCCUAUGGUUUGGAAAGAUGGUGAAAAAAGGCUUUGAUGCAGAUGCUGGUCUUGUGGAUGUUCUAGUCAAUGGAUUUCUGAAAGAGAAGAGGGUCAUUGAAGGAUACCAGUUUCUUGUGGAACUGGUUGACAAGGCUCGUGUGGCACCAAAGCAUGCUACACUUAAGAGUCUGAUUGAAGAGCUUCUUGUCUCCUGGAAGAAGCUUUGAACCUUCUACAGCUAAUAAAGAAACGGAAUUAUAAACCGGAUCCAGAGCCUUUCAUCCAGUAUCUGUCGAAGUUUGGUUCUGUGGAGGAUGCUUGGGUGUUUUUGAGGGCACUAAGUCACAGGCAGGGUAAAAACCAUGUAUCUGUCUUCGGUUGCAAACGUGUUUUUCAGACCUUCUUGAAUGAGGGUAGACAUUCUGAGGCUGAGGAGCUGUUUCGUAAGUGCCCUAAGUAUAUUCGCAGAAAUCCUGAAUUUCGCAUCCAUUUUUCUUCUUCAAGGAGCAGCGACGUGGUAGCAGCUUCAGCUUGAGAUCAUGAUGGAGUCAUGCAUUCCUUAGUAUUUAUCAUGGAAAGGCUUACUGAUGUUGUUUCUCCUCACUAGUCAAAAGAUGGUUGGUUGGUUGGAACAGAUUAUUUUCCUGUCAACUACACCUUCUUCCUUUUUUCAUUUUGUCGGUUAAGUUGUUCAAUGCAAUCAUUUAAAUUUGGCUUGUUUGGAUAGUCAUUUUCUAUCGAAAAAUGACCUUAUUUUCCG